UCUCAGGCAGAAUAUGAGGAAGGCAUGUAUUAGGGCAAUGGAGCUUGGAGAGUAAGACAUGGAUUUGAGAAAGUUUUAAGGAGGUAGAAUCUGCUGUAUUUGGUUGCCAUCUGAGUGAGAAGGGUAGGUGCCAAAAAUGUUUCCGGUCUCGUCCCCAAGUGUUAGGCCUGUAUUUCCCCGGAAGCCUAGCUUCCCUCCGACUCCGCGGGGAGGCACCUCUAGGCCAGCAGAGGGCGCCCGGCAGGCCGCAGCGCCCCAAAGUCGCGUGAUGGCCGCGGCGCGGGUGCUGCUAUACCUGUCCGGGCGCCCCGAGCCGGUGAACUUCGCGCAGAGUGUGUGUGGCCUCCUGCGCGCCGGGCCAGGGCUCGGGCCGUGGCCCACGCACUGCAGCUUGAAGCCAGGAGGACUCGUCCUCUCGGACAGGCCAUUUCCCGGAGCUUCGAUCACACUUCCGCUCCAGCGACCCCCUUUCUGCCCUUUUGCGGCAGUGGACCAACAGUCCAGACAUUCGGGAACCGAGGUGCCCACAAAUCGUGGUGUGGACCUAGGUGUGGCAGUCAUUCUGCAGUCCAGCGAUCAAACUGUCUUGUUUACCCGAAGGACACGGACCCUCAGCGUUUUGCCCAAUCUCUGGGUACCCCCUGGUGGCCAUGUGGAACUUGAUGAAGAGCUGCUGGAUGGAGGACUUCGAGAACUUUGGGAAGAGAGUGGACUACAGCUGCCCCAGGGCCAGUUCUCUUGGGUCCCACUGGGGUUAUGGGAGUCUGCCUACCCUCCUAGGCUGAGCUGGGGUCUCCCCAAAUACCACCACAUCAUCCUCUAUCUACUUGUGGCCUCCCAGGAGUCCCAGCAGCAGCUACAGGCUCGGAUCCAGCCAAACCCAAGUGAGGUGAGUGCCUUUACAUGGCUGGGACCAGAUGUGGCUGCUGCAGUGGCUGCCACAGAGGAUGGGACAGAGGCACCCAGACAUCUCCCCCAGAACCUACCAUCUUCUGUUCUUGCGGUGGAACUAGAGGAGGAUGGAGGAGCUCGACCUCUGGCCCUGCCUGUGUCUACACUGCUGCAAACAACCCCAACCACAGCAGAAGACAAAGAGAGGGUCAGCACUGGGCCUAAAUUUGCCCUCAGGCUCUGGCUGCAACAUCUAAGCAGGGUGACACCUCUACUUUGUGAAAGUGUAGCUCAUGUGGACCCAGGACCCACAAAAGAAGAACAGAACAUGAACCCCCUCCUCCCAAAACAGGGAUCUGGAAAGCAAAGUGCAUAAUCCCCUCCCCAGCCUACCUACCUCCAUGACACUCACAGAACAU